AUGUCGCUUCGUCGCACUCUCAUCGAAUCUCUCAUCCGAUCUACUGCUCAAUCCUAUCGCUACUCUUCCACCAUGGUCAAAGUCAAUCAUAAACAAGCUGCAUUGGACUUUUUGUCCUUUGUCAAUGCCUCUCCAACCCCCUACCAUGCUGUCAAGUCUAGCAAAGACCUUCUUGCAGCUGCCGGAUUUCAAGAGAUCAAAGAACGAGAUUCGUGGAACUCGACUCUCCAUCCCGGCGGUAAAUACUACCUUACUCGCAACGCCUCUACUCUUGUGGCUUUUGCUAUUGGCAAGAAAUGGCAGCCUGGUAACUCUAUCGCCAUGGUCGGGGCGCACACUGAUUCCCCGGUUCUACGAAUUAAACCCGUUAGCAAGAAGGAAGGCGAAGGCUUCGUACAGGUCGGCGUUGAAACUUAUGGAGGGGGCAUUUGGCACACCUGGUUCGAUCGUGAUCUUAGCGUUGCUGGCCGGGUCAUGGUGCGCAGCAAGGAUGGCACAAUUGUGCAGAAGCUAGUCAAGGUCGACCGCCCAAUUUUGCGCAUCCCGACUCUGGCCAUUCACUUGGAACGGAAAGAGACAUUCGACUUCAACAAAGAGACACAACUGUUUCCGAUUGCAGGCCUCGUUUCGGCCGAACUGAACAGGACAAAAGAUCAGGUCGCCGAUGCGUCCAAGGAUGAGGGUGCAAAGAAAUCCAUCAAGGCUGCUACAGAGCGCCAUCACCCAUACCUCGUCGAGCUGAUUGCAUCCGAAAUUGACGCUAAGCCCUCGGAGAUUCUCGACUUUGAGUUGAUCCUUUUCGAUACUCAAAAGUCAUGCCUUGGAGGAAUGCUCGAAGAAUUCGUCUACUCGCCUCGUCUGGACAAUCUGGAAAUGUCAUUUUGCUCCGUCCGAGGGCUCAUCGAGUCUGUCCAUUCCGAAACGGCUUUGGACAACGACAGUGCUAUCCGACUGAUUGCAUUGUUCGACCAUGAAGAAGUUGGAAGCACAAGUGCACAAGGCGCCGACUCGAACACGCUGCCAGCCAUCAUUCGGCGCCUGUCCGUCUUGCCGGCCGAAGACUUUGGCUCCGAGAAAUCGUAUAACAAAAUCGGCAACGAUCUGGACAUCUCCACUGCAUUCGAACAGAGCCUUUCAACUUCGUUCCUGCUGUCCGCCGACAUGGCCCACAGCGUCCAUCCGAACUAUAGCCACAAGUACGAAACCGAUCACAAGCCUCACUUGAACGAAGGACCCGUUGUCAAGAUCAACGCCAACCAACGCUACGCCACCAAUUCUCCCGGAAUCGUCCUCCUGCAAGAAAUCGCAGAAAAGGCGGCUGAAGACGGCGGAGACGUGGUGCCGCUGCAGCUGUUUGUUGUUCGCAAUGACUCGUCUUGCGGAAGCACCAUUGGACCCAUGCUGUCUGCCAACCUGGGGACGAGGACUCUUGAUCUCGGAAACCCGCAACUGAGCAUGCACAGUUGCCGUGAGACGGGAGGUACUCAGGAUAUUGGGCAUGCCAUCCGACUGUUUUCUAGCUUUUUCGACCAUUAUUCGACUCUGGCGCCUACCAUUUUCGUUGACUAA